AAAGGUUGGUGUUUCUAUGGAUAUCCUGUUCCGGUUAAUGGUGUAAUUGUGUUCGUAGCGUGUCUUUCGUUAAUUUUUUUACGUAAUAUGGGUGAUUUCAGUGACGAUAUUUUUAGUGUUUUCGAUGAGAAUGCUGAGGAACCAACACCGAUAACAAAAUUUGACGAGAAACCAUUCAUUAAAGAAGUUACACUUCAACCAGAAGCGAAAAGUGAAGCAUGUAAUAUUAGUGCGGUGGCAAAACGUGGUCAUGAAGAUGAUGGUGAGGAGCUUGCAGGGAAGAAGCCAAAGACAGAAUCCAUCUUGGAUGAUAUUAAUAUUGAUGAAAUUAUGCCGCGAAUCAAGGUUCAUACAGUGGACACACUGGAAGCAUGCACACACGAAGUUGCUGUUCCUCCUGAAGUGGAGUAUGUCCCCUUAAAACAGAUAGCAGGCAACCCUGCCAAGGAGUAUAAGUUUAUUCUGGAUCCAUUCCAGAAGGAAGCCAUCUUGUGCAUUGACAAUAACCAGUCAGUUCUUGUGUCUGCUCAUACCUCUGCAGGGAAAACUGUUGUGGCAGAGUACAGCAUAGCAACGUCAUUUCGUGACAAGCAGCGAGUUAUCUACACAACACCAAUCAAGGCUCUUAGUAAUCAGAAGUACAGAGAGUUCUAUGAGGAGUUCAAAGAUGUUGGGCUUAUCACUGGUGAUGUCACAAUCAACCCCACAGCAACAUGUCUUAUCAUGACAACAGAAAUUCUGCGGAGCAUGCUGUAUCGAGGAUCAGAAGUAAUGCGUGAGGUGGGCUGGGUGGUUUUUGACGAGAUCCACUACAUGAGAGACAAAGAACGAGGUGUUGUAUGGGAGGAGACUAUUAUCCUCCUGCCAGACAAUGUGCACUAUGUCUUUCUGUCAGCCACAAUCCCUAAUGCACGCCAAUUUGCUGAAUGGGUGACACACCUUCAUCACCAGCCGUGUCAUGUCGUCUAUACAGACUACAGACCCGUACCACUUCAGCACUACAUUUUCCCAGCUGGAGGAGAGGGCAUUCAUCUUGUUGUGGACGAAAAUGGCACAUUCAAAGAAGACAACUUCAACACGGCUAUGGCAGUGCUGCAGAAUGCCGGCGAUGCUGCUAAGGGCGAUCAGAGGGGUCGGCGAGGGGGUAAUCGGGGAGGCGGUGAUACAAACAUCUUCAAAAUUGUGAAAAUGAUAAUGGAACGACAGUUUGCUCCCGUUAUCAUCUUCAGUUUUAGCAAAAAGGACUGUGAAAUUUAUGCCAUGCAGAUGGCAAAACUUGACUUCAAUACAGUGGAAGAGAAGAAGUUGGUAGAUGAAGUGUUUCAUAAUGCUAUGGAUGUUCUGUCUGAGGAGGACCGCCAGCUACCACAAGUUGAGAAUGUUCUGCCCCUCCUUAGGAGAGGGAUUGGAAUUCAUCAUGGAGGUUUGCUGCCAAUCUUGAAGGAGACAAUUGAGAUUCUGUUUGCAGAAGGUCUGAUCAAAGCGUUGUUUGCAACAGAAACAUUUGCCAUGGGCCUUAACAUGCCUGCCCGCACAGUUCUGUUCACCAGUCCUCGCAAAUUUGAUGGCAAGGAGUCGAGAUGGGUUACUUCAGGUGAGUACAUCCAGAUGUCAGGUCGAGCAGGUCGUCGUGGACUAGAUGAGAAGGGUAUCGUCAUCCUGAUGAUAGAUGAGAAGGUGAGUCCAGUAGUGGGUCGUAACAUCGUGCAGGGCCUUGCCGAUCCCAUCAACUCUGCUUUCCACCUGACGUACAACAUGGUUCUGAACCUGCUCCGUGUGGAAGAGAUCAACCCAGAGUACAUGCUGGAGCGCAGCUUCUUUCAGUUCCAGAACAACGCGGCAAUCCCAGAACUGUAUGAGAAAGUGAAGACUAGUCAGAAAGCAUUGGACCAGUUGCAUGUUCCACAGGAGAAUCAAAUUGCUUCAUAUUGCAACAUCAGGCAAGAGUUGAAGACGCUUAGCAGCCAGUUCCAGUCCUACCUCACUAAGCCCCAGUACAUUAUUCCCUUCCUGCAGCCUGGAAGGUUGGUGAAGGUAAAAUGUGAAGAAGAUGAAUUUGACUGGGGCAUCAUCAUCAACUUCAAAAAGCAGUCGGAGAACGUUGGAAAUAAGAAGAAAGAAACCCCAAUGAAAGCAGCUAACAUUGUAGUGGAUAUCCUGCUUCAUAUAUCUCCUGAAAGCAGCGCCCAGCAUCCCCGUCCAUGUCCCGCGGGCGUGCAGGGUGACAUGGAGGUGAUACCAGUAUUAAACACGCUCAUCACACAUCUCAGCUCACUCAGAAUAUAUUAUCCCAAAGAUUUGCGGCCACCAGACAGUCGCAAGUCAGUCCUCAAAACUAUAGCAGAAGUAAAGAAACGAUUUCCAAGUGGAAUUCCACUGCUAAAUCCUGUAACAGAUAUGAAGAUUAAGGACACAGUUUUUAAGGACACUGUCAAGCGCAUAGAAUCCUACGAGGAGCGCUUGUAUGCCCAUCCCAUGCAUAAGGAUGCAGAUCUGGACCGCUUGUAUACUCUGUAUUUGAGAAAACAGGAGAUCUCACAAGAGCUGAAAAUAACAAAACAGGAAUUGAAGAAAGCAAAGUCGUUGCUGCAGAUGGAUGAACUUAAAAGUAUGAAAAGAGUUCUCAGGAGAUUAGGUUACUGCACAGCUUCCGACGUUAUUGAGAUCAAGGGUCGAGUUGCUUGUGAACUCAGCAGCGCUGAUGAAUUGCUAAUGACGGAGAUGAUAUUCAAUGGAAUGUUUAACAACCUGACUGUGCCGCAAUGUGUGGCGCUACUGAGCUGUUUUGUCUGUGACGAGAAGAGUAACGAGUCACAGAAGACGGGAGAAGAAUUGUCUGGCCCACUGCGACAAAUGCAGGAUAUGGCACGGAGGAUUGCUCGAGUGAGUGUAGAGGCAAAACUGGAUGUAAAUGAAGACCUCUAUGUAGAUCAGUUCAAACCGUUCCUCAUGGACGUUGUACAUGCUUGGUGCAAAGGAGCUUCUUUCCUCCAGUUGUGCAAGAUGACUGACAUCUUUGAAGGUAGCAUCAUCCGUUGCAUGCGCAGACUGGAGGAGGUCCUGCGACAGAUGUGCCAAGCCGCGAAGAGCAUUGGCAACACAGACUUGGAGAACAAGUUCAGUGAGGGCAUUAAGGUGAUCAAGAGGGACAUUGUGUUUGCUGCCAGCUUGUAUCUGUGAUGUUUCGACAUCUUAGUCCGUUCUCCUGUUGUGGUCGUUCAUAUUUUCUUUAAUUCCUCUGGGAAUGUUGCGAAUAUAGAUGUAAUAAUCUUAACUUGAAAAAUUGAAAAGCUGAAGUGAUGUGAAAUGAAAAAAUAAAAAUCCAGUGUGAUAUUUUCCAAGAAAGUAGGCAUUGUGUGUGAUAAAUACAGAAACAGCUUGUUAAGUGGGAGGCGGCUUUAAAUGAGGGACAUUUUAAUACAGAUCUUGCAAAUUUAAAAUGUUCUUUAUAUUUCGUAAGAAAAUAAAUGAUGGAUUUGGUAAGUAAUCUUUAAAUUGACAUUGUAUUUGUUUACUUUGACAUUUGUUAAAAUAAUUACUAAGUUGAUACGUUCAGCAGUCGAACACUCGCGUUUAUUUGUGGCUGUUGACGAUGGUUUUAAUACGAUGCCUUUCCAGUUACGGCCCAGAUGCAUUUCAGUUUUAACGAAGCUUGUGUUAUUAUUUUUAUGUUACAGGGUUGUUUCACGGUACCAAGAUUAAUGUGUCUGGUGGUCAUUUGGCCUGCAGAUAUUUCACAAAUUGUGAUGUGCUUUGUAUGUUUUCAUUACAGCUAUUAACCAGUCAAUAUUUUAAUCUACUGGCUAACAAGUAAAUUAAUUGGCUAUUAUAAUUAAAAGUAGUAAAUAAUUAAAAAUUUAAAGCUAUAAAAUAAUUUAUUGAGAGUGGUUUUUUGUUUGGCCAGUACACAGGUAGACAAAAGUACUGAUGCUAAAAUAUGACUUGACGUUACAUAUCUGAAGCUAUAAUAAAUGACUAAUGUAAUAGCACACGCCACGCGCUUAAUACUUCAACCGUUACUUGUCUUUGUCAUUUGCAUCUUUACUCUCGGUGGACAGACGGGCAGUUGACUGAAGACGCGUGUUUGUGACAAAUUUGGAGGUGCUGCCGCCGUCAGACAAAUACACAAGUAAGUUAGACCAUUUGCAUCUUUCCUGCCUAUGGUACGCUUCUGCGCAGGGUGGAAGCAUGACGGACCUAUGGAAAUAUUUAUAAUGAACAGUGGCAUACGAGGUCUUGGGAAUGAAGAUUAGAAAAUGGGAUCUAGCGUUGGCUGUAAAAGAACUCUGACGUGAGUGUUUAUAGUUGUCUGAUUUCAGCUCCAUGUCAUAGCUUUUGACGGCCGCCCACCGGUAUCGUGUUUUACGUCCUCCUGUCCGUGUGCUAGCAACACUCCGUUAACUCACAUAGAGGACGUGGAGGUAAAACGCUUCUUAUUCAUAGCUUUGGUGCAUCUUGGAGGCGAUAGGUCAGCUGAGGCUUCAGAGACUUAACCAGGAGGAUCCCCCAUGUCGCAUAGGAUGAGGUCUGGGUGGUCUGCGUGUCAUGAAGAGGGGAUUUAGGAACGAAACCCACCUAUAGCCAGUCGGAGCUCUCGUGACUCAUCUUUUAAUCAUAUUGUGGAGUAAAAUGUGUUUUGCUUGUUUGUAUUUUUGCAGCCUUCAGAGAAGGAUUUCUAAUACAAAUGUUAGGAUUUGGAAGGAACGUUUGUUGCUCUGUGAUCCUACGUCUUUGUGUCGUGUAUUUGAUCUGAAGGAUUCAUUUGUGUAAAUAUUGAAGACUUGUUUGAAUAAAAGUUGCAUAAACUUCAA